AUGCUGCCCAGACCAGAUUUGUCGCUGAUGCAGAAGGCUUGCAUGAUGAUACUAGCACAGGGCCCCGGAGGUCACGGCGGAUCUCAAGCAGAAAAGCUGAUGCCGAGAUACUGGAGCGCCAUUGCCCGCCUGCCGUAUGGCAGAGCCGACCUUGAGCAAUGGUGUCACCACUUCCGUUGGCUGGGCAUGCAACAUGAGAACACCAUGUCCAGGGACCCGCUCCUGGAGAGCCACAGUCGGACAGGAAUUGACUCUGGUUUCUCUACGCCUUAUCGGGAGCAAAUCAUCCCCGCAGCAACCCCGUGCACCGUGACUACGGAUCUGCAAUGUGAGCACAACGAGCACCCGGAUGACCAUACUCAUGCGAAUCAGCGAAAACGACCGGAUCAAGAGCCAGCUGAACGUUGCGACCACAAGCCGAGAUUGACCAAGAUUCAGGCUCGGACGCAACCCUACUGGAUGACAUCGUCCAAACCCGACUGUGCUACCUCCACAUGGCUGGAAGAGACCAUGCUUGACUACAGACCGGCAUUCGACUAUCUGGAAAGCAGCCUACAUGCCAUGAAACUUCACCGAAUGCGCCUCGUCAUCACUGGUACUGCCCAAUUUCGCAUUGCCUAUGACAAGGCCAGGAUCGGAGACCUCAUCUUCCAGCUCCAACACUGUUGA